AUGCCCCUCGUUACCGAAACACUGUUGGAUACCACAGGCAUAUCGGACUCUAUAGUCACGGACACGGACACAGUUACUACCGAAUCUACUGAAAAAACCACUGGCGAUAAUUUGGAAGCCGCUACUAACAGUGGAAGCGAGACAACCACCGAAACUAUUUCCUCAACCACUGCCGCUGCCACCGAAUCUACGACUAUUACAGUGAGCGACACUACGAUCGAUACAAGGGCAACAACGACACAAUCUACUCUCCCACCAGUUCCUACCAGUUUCAGGAUGGUCGCUCAAAGUGAGACUGAGGGCGAGCUUGUUAUGUACACCGAUGGUCGUCAGAUCCUAGCCAGCGCCGGACCAUUCCCAGCAUCAUGGUCAAGUUCAAUUACAUAUGAGCACGAAACAGGAUAUUUGAGGGUGGGAAAUAACCCACUGUGUGUCAUGUAUGAACCAUCUGGCCGCCUCGCUGCCCUGGGGAAUUGUAAAAGCGAUGUAGAAGGACAAUAUCGACAUCUGACCUGUGACCCCCCUUCCGAUGCUGGUUUAAUCUGCAAUAUUCCUGCCAUGAAGUGUGACAACGGGGGCUGCACCGAUCUUGGAGAGAUCUGGAACAGAUUCUACUUGCUGGGCUGGGACGAGGAUUCCGCCAUUGCUACAAAAGUAACCCACCCUCAGGGUAUCAGAAAGAUUGGCCGCUAG